AAUUUCCUUGUUUUUGGAUAGCACUUGUGUCGAAAUGUGAGUUUCAAAUUUAACGAAAGCAAGACUACUUUCAAAUGUAAAAGGUCUUUGGAUUCUUGUAUUCUACAUCAACAAAGUCAAUACGGUAAUGAUGGUGGACUUUAAUGAUGCAUCUUAUAGGCAGUUUAAGGUUUUCCUCACCUCUUUAAAACUCGGUUCGCUUACUUUCUUGUGUUGAUGCUAUGAUGUCCGUGUUACGAAAUUAAUGUAACCACCAUAAAUGCGCCAUUGCUAAGGAUAUGAGAAAAUGACUUGGAAACACCUUACAACUCUGCAGUGAUUCUCUAACCUACUCUAACAGGCGUAUAGCCUCCUUCUAAUAACGGGCCGUAUUCUGUGCCUGUGUGUGUGUGUGUGCGUGAUGUUUGAUGUAGUUGACUUCGAGUUUAUGCAUGACGGCACAUGGAAAGUAAAGGAACAUGAUAAUUCCAAACAGUUCAUUGCGAGGUCGACUAGCUGUUUUAAACAGUGCUGAGGACUACACUGGACCAUACGGCUGUUAUCUAUCGUCAUGGACUGACGUCAGCAGAGUCCAAAAUCUGCAACAGUGGCACUCCUGGGGGCAGACAACCCUACACUACACAGAAAAGGGCCUCAACGGACCUAGCGCCGGCUAAGCACCUUAUGAUGGAGAUGAACACGUCAGUCUUAUGAGUGGAUCAAUACUCAGUUGUGCGCUCAGCAGGUGGGACAGUCUUCAAAGUCCACUCUUUUGCUGACCGAUCAAUACUUCGCCAUUCUCCAGCAGACAUCUCAAAUACCUUCUCCAGAAACCCCGGACCCAUCUAGUUCACUAUUUGCUCCAAUUAUCUGAAGACUUGAUUAGAGAUAUAAUCCUGCGGGCUUGAACUGAAGAAACAUACGAGGGAGUUAACCUCUCAUUACUUCAGAGUUAUCAGGUUGCAAUCUAUGAACUACGAAAGAGUGUUUCGCAUUCCUCAGCAACAUUGAUGCAGUAAUAUGGAAGAAGUCUCAAAAUCAAAGAACGUUAACUGAACGAGAGGAAAAAAAAAUAUCUUUCAAAAUUAUAGCUUUGAAAAAUCGUUUAUUUUUUGCUCAAUACUAUAAUUAUUUUGAAAAGAUUAAGAAUUCUGUACAGAGAUAUGGAAAUGAAAAAAAAUUAAUCUGUAUUUCAUUCUGUGUCACGGAUUUCCAAUUUAAUUUGACAAAACUCCAACAAAUAAAGAUUUCUUUUUUUGCUAAGACUAGCAACUCCUGGUCCAUAAGCAAAGUGACGUAUCGAUUUAAGUUCUCAUUGGGAAAUUGCUUGUUAAGAAAUCUGGACCUUAUAUUCGAUUCUCAUUAACAUUUGAACAUCGAUUCCAGACUCAUCUGUUUCUCAUUAGCCUCCACGUGGCAAUCUAUUGAUAAAAAAAGAGAGAAGUCAAUUUAUAUGUAAAAAAAAAAUAUAACAAGACUAUAUACUUCUAUGUACACUGUAGAUCUAUAGAACAAGAUAAAUGCUAGAACUGUAUGUCUACUUUGAAAUGAUGACAAAACUUCACUGGCUUAGGAGGAUGGUUGAAAUUUAAACACUGGUGUCCUAUGGAAUGAGAUCUCUUGAGAAUCGUGAAGUUUAUAUUAUUGGCUUCUGCUAGCACUCCAAGAAAUCACAACGCAAAUUGAUCUUACCCGAUCUCACUCACUUGCAGACUCCAGCAUAUCGAUUGACGUCUGGACAAAGUGGUUAUUCCUCACCAGCCGCCUCGCUGCGACCAUUCCACCACUUCACGAGCCCACCCACCAUUCCACCACUUCACGAGCCCACCCAUCUCUGACAUCCUACCACCCCCCUCCCUGUGACGUUUCCCGAGUGCGUCUCUCUUCGGCAGGGUACACGACAAUGAAUUUAGAAAUUCCAGACGGCCUGGGCGACCUGCUCAGAGACUUCACCGUGGCCGUGCUGAAAGAGCGGCCUGGGGACCUGUAUGACUUCGCUGUGGACUACUUCACCAAAGCCAGGGACGCCAGGAAGCCGAAGGACGUUCCUAUGUAUAUCAUCGUGGAGGACGAUGACGAAGCGGGAGAGCCGGACCGCACCGCCUUCAAACCCAAGUCCACGACAGGUCGUUACGCUCGCAGGCAGUCCGUGUCCGCCGAGAGAUACAAUCCGGAAGAAGAUGAGGACGACGAUGAUCAUAUCAUCUACCCGAAAACGGACGAGCAGCGCGAGAGACUGACCAAGACUGUUAGCGGUAUUCUGCUCUUUCGCUCCUUGGAGCCGGAGCAAACGCAACAGGUUAUCGACGCUAUGUUUGAGAAAAAAGUCUCCCCCGGGGAGACGGUGAUUCGCCAAGGAGAUGACGGAGACAACUUUUACGUCAUCGACAACGGCGUUUACGACGUCCUGGUGGAUAUCAAGGGAGAGGAGAAGAAAGUCCACCAAUUCGACAACAGGGGGAGCUUCGGGGAGCUAGCCCUCAUGUAUAACAUGCCUCGUUCUGCCACUGUUCGCUCCGUCACAGACGGCACGCUAUGGGCCAUGGACCGUAACUCCUUCCGGAAAAUCGUCCUGAAAUCUGCCUUCAAAAAGCGAAAGAAGUACGAGACCUUACUGGAGAGCGUCAACAUCCUACAGAACCUCGAUCGCUACGAACGCAUGACCCUAGCCGACGCUCUCGUCUCUCGGGUCUACCAAGAUGGCGAGCCCAUCAUUCGGCAAGGAGACGACCCCGACGGGGUCUACUUCGUCGAAGAGGGUCACAUCCGCAUCACCAUUUCCUCCCCGGAUGGUACGGAGACCGACAUCGGCACCAGGACGACCAGCACCUACUUUGGGGAGCUGGCCCUCAUCGAGAACAAACCUCGCACUGCCAACGUGUAUGCCGUUGGUAAAGUGAAAGUAGCAUUCCUAGAAAGGGACUGUUUCGAGAGACUUCUAGGCCCUUGUGUUGAAAUCAUGAAGAGAAACAGUCAACAGUACACCAUGUUUGUAUCCAAUUAACUGGACUUAACAAAUAGUCAAGUUUAUUCUAAUACUAGAGGAAAUAUUUCCUUUUUGUCCAAACAUAAUACUAGAACAUAUCUCGGAGUAUUUCGGAGGAGAACCUAAAAGAGACUUCAUUUCUUUGUGAUCAAUAUUUAUAUCUUUGGAUUCAUCACCAGAUGAUGGGUAUAUAAUCGCAUUUCGUUUGGAAGGAUUACUUUGCAUUUUGAUAUGUAUACAAAGUGGAUAUUGAUGAGGAUAUAUUCUUCUUGUUGUUUUUUUUUAACGGCAUCAACAAAUCACAUAAAUCUAUAGUUUGUAUGAAAUUGUUACCUAUCUUAAAUCUUUUCUAUAAUUUGAAAAAGUCCAAGUUAAUAAAACUUUGCUUCAGGCACGGUGACUGUCAAUUCAUUCGUUUAUUAUUCAUACGCAUCGGAAAUAUAAGAGAAAAAAAGGGGGAAUAAAGGUGUUUCUGUGUAUGGUUGUCAUGGUUUCAAAUCAAUCAGAAGAAGACGCUUUAUGCAUCAAUUUAAUUCUCGGAUGACGUCAUCAAAGUUUGGUGUAAAAAGAUAAAGCAAGCACACGAGGUGACGCGCACACACGUACUACACAAAACCAUGAAUCGAUAGAGACAAAACAAAAUAUUUAUAUCACUAUUUGCAGUCGUCUCACAGCCAUGUUGAGGGGGGCAGAGCGGUUUCUGUUCAACACGUGCAGGCCUACGUAAGAAGCAGAGAUAGUAUAUUUUAGUCAUUACAGCGCCAGGGAAUGGUUGCUUUCAAAUCAAUGUCAGAGCCAGGACAAGUGUGCGUUGUUUUCACGACUAGAUCCAGAGCUUGUUUUUCGUGGGAAUAAAUGUCUACGAUGGACAGGAGCUGGAAUUCCACCCUAGUUUUGUCUUUUAUUGAUACGGUCAAGUGAAAUAUUGAUGUAUUUAUGUAUUCUUUCCCCCUCCAGUUAUUUCUUGAAAUAUCUCGUCAGUUCUCUUGGACGGAAGGAAAUGAUUAGCUUAAUUGUAUGUGAGAGACUAAUCUGAUUGGCUUGUGUGUGUGUGAUUAGCUUGUGUGUGUGAUUGGCUUGUGUGUGUACUAAUUCCCAUAUUUCUUGUUUCACAAUAUAAUCUUUUCAUUUGAUUAUGAUUUGUUUAAUCUAGCAAAUUUAGAUUUAAAGUAGGCAAAAAUGUAUUUGACAUUUCAGUAUGAGAGCAUUGAGAGCCAUGUUUGGAUGGGACACUUGCAUGUAUGUUGGGAUUCUUUUUUUUUUAAUACUUUUACCAACAUAAUUAUUUAUUACCCACUUACAAGUAUUAAAAAAGUAUAUUAAAAGUCACGCCAUCAACAGUUCUGUGUGAACAUUUUGUCUGCUGACACAUUCAUCGUAUGAGAACUCCUCCCCCUCAUUUAAUAAUCAUUUGAUUUAUUCCACAAUGGAAUAGAGAGCUUGCUACUAUAUAUGAUUUAAAUUUCUAAAGUUAAACUAUUAUAUAUAUAUUUAUAUAUAUAUAUAUAUUUUAUAUAUAUAUGUACGAUUGUAAAAUAUAGAGUAUAGACACAACGCUACUACUAAAUAACUUACACAAUAGUUACGUGUUAGAAUCUUUGUGUUGUCACCAUCUUUUUAUUUUGCAUAUAGUGAUCAAUCUUUAAACUGUCAGUGACCCACUACAGUAAACCAUUCUGAUUAGUUUUUUGGUUUUUAAAGUCAGUUCACUGGAAAGUCAAUUCACAGAACAUGUCAGUGUCUGAAGGCCUCCAGCAGACUUGGAGUUUGGGUGUAGGAGGAUGACAAGUCCAAACAUUUUUAAAAAAUCAAUAACUUUUUUUUAAACCAAACAAUUUUGUUUCUGGUAUUCGUUGUUUUGAGACGAAGAUCAUUUCAUAAAUAGAACAUGACAGUGUCUGACAUAGUGGGUUUUUUUUUUUACUAACUUCUGUUUUCUUGUUCGAAAUGGCGAUUCUAUGUUUGGGUCUCUUUAUUUCUUUCAUUUAGCAUCCAAUUGUCACUACAAGCUGUUGCAGAAAGCACACUACUGUCACUGAAGGGAUUGACACUUUCACACUACUGUCACUGAAGGGAUUGACACUUAGUACACUACUGUCACUGAAGGGAUUGACUCUUAGUACACUACUGUCACUGAAGGGAUUGACACUUUCACACUACUGUCACUGAAGGGAUUGACUCUUUCACACUACUAUCACUGAAGGGAUUGACACUUAGUACACUAUUGUUACUGAAGGGAUUGACACUUAGUACACUACUGUCACUGAAGGGAUUGACUCUUAGUACACUAUUGUCACUGAAGGGAUUGACUCUUAGUACACUACUGUCAUUGAAGGGAUUGACUCUUAGUACACUAUUGUCACUGAAGGGAUUGACUCUUAGUACACUACUGUCAUUGAAGGGAUUGACUCUUAGUACACUAUUGUCACUGAAAGGAUUGACUCUUAGUACACUAUUGUCACUGAAGGGAUUGACUCUUAGUACACUACUGUCAUUGAAGGGAUUGACUCUUAGUACACUAUUGUCACUGAAGGGAUUGACUCUUAGUACACUACUGUCAUUGAAGGGAUUGACACUUAGUACACUAUUGUUACUGAAGGGAUUGACACUUAGUACACUACUGUCACUGAAGGGAUUGACUCUUAGUACACUAUUGUCACUGAAGGGAUUGACUCUUAGUACACUACUGUCAUUGAAGGGAUUGACUCUUAGUACACUAUUGUCACUGAAGGGAUUGACUCUUAGUACACUAUUGUCACUGAAGGGAUUGACUCUUAGUACACUACUGUCAUUGAAGGGAUUGACUCUUAGUACACUAUUGUCACUGAAGGGAUUGACUCUUAGUACACUACUGUCAUUGAAGGGAUUGACUCUUAGUACACUACUGUCAUUGAAGGGAUUGACUCUUACUACAAUAUUGUCACGGAAGGGAUUGAAUGCCUGCACACAAAUGUCUCUUAAGCAUUGACUGCCAGCACCCAAAUAACACUGAAGGCAAUGACUGCCAACCCCCAAAUAUCACUGAAGGCAAUGACUGCCAACCCCCAAAUGUUAAUGCAGUCAUUUACUGGUUGACAUUAAGGCAUUGGCUCGAAGUGUUUUAGACUGUGGUUCUAUGUGGGUUUUAAGAGAUAACUUUAAAUAAUCUUCUUUAACUGCACAUUAGAUUGGGCGUUAUACGCCAAUUUCUUUUAUAAGCAUUCUCUUGUAAAAUAGGCUUUAUAGCCAUUACAUUUCUUAUAUUCUAGUAAGUCGUUUAUAUCAAUAUAACAAAGACGUAUUUUCGCUGGCGUUGCUAAAAGAACAUGUCACAGGAAAUUGAGAUGGCUGUGACAAGAUGAAACUGCAGUGAAUUGAAGGGACACAACUGUUGGUCUUGUUCACUUGUUUCUUUCAAGCCUGUGAUGUUUUGUUUUUCAGUUUAAUAUUAAUUCAAGUAAAACAAAACAAAAAUAUUUCAAAUUGAUUUAUAAAUAUAGCUCCUAUUGUAUGUUUUGUACACUACAAUACCCAAGAUUUUAAUAUAUAUUUUAUAAGCUUCAUUCUUGCUUUUGAAUUAUUUUUUUAAAUAAAUUAUUUAAUUUCCAAAGUCUAUAUCUUUCGUAGUAGUGUUCCGUUUCUGUGUGUGUGUGUAUCCAUUUAGUCUCUCUAUUUAUUUUAUGUUUUAUUAUUCAAUAUAUCAUUAUUUGUUUUGUUACUUUUCUAUAUUAUCAUUUUUAAUUGCUUUCUUUUAGGUCUUGCUAUAAUAGUACCCUUAUUUGUACAAAUAGAUGAAUAUAACAUGUCUCAUAUAAUGUACUACUCCUGCUUAGUACUUAAGUACUUGAAGAUAUUAACUUCUGUUGAUUGCAAUGUCUACCUGAGUUUCUUGAAUUUAUGCUGUGAAAAUAUUCAUCUUUACUAUGAUGGACGAUAUAUAUGAAAUGUUUCAAAAGCCAAAACUACCAGCUUAUGAGUAUGUAAUGUGUAGUAGGAUUUCCUACUGAGGUCUGUCUAACCAGGGAACUGGUGACUGUUGGCUUCAGGUACAGAAAAUUAAUCUAAUGAUAUAAUCUUAUUCGUAAAGUGAAACUUUUUUCUUAUACUAAUUGAGACUCUUUUGUCUCUUCACUUUGAGUUGAACAGAAUGUUGUUGUUGUGUUUUUUAAAUCUCAAAGUUUGUGUCAGAUCUUUGCUUUUUAAUUUGAUCUCUAGACAAGAUAAGAGUGGGACGACACUGUGAUACCCAGAAACAUUAUAUAUAUUUCACUCUCCAAUUUUCGGCGAUUAGUAAAGAACUGAUGUAAAUGUGUGUAUUGUACAGUUAUUACCAAAAGUUCAAAAAUAUAUUUUUUGUUCAGAUGUAACCGAUAUACUAAUGGUCCACUAGUAAAUAAAUCUAAACUCUAUUAUACUUUGAAAAAAAGAAAAGUUUUCAUAAGCUUUUCCCUGCAUGAGACAACGAAUGUGAGAGGUUUCUAUCAUUCUCUUAUAAGAUUUCGGCUCUAGUAUAGAUCUGGAUGAGUUAGAAGUGAAGUUUGUGUGUGUGGACUCUCCGUCAAAGUUUCCAGGGAUAUUAUAAGUAAGAAUAGAUUACAGAUAUUUUAUGGUGCUGUUUCUUUUGAAUAUACUUAGGCAAAAUAUCAGGAAUAUGGGAAUCUUUUGUAUUUAGAUCAAGAAUGUUAAAAGUGAAUAACAUUUUUUUUCUCUUCACUUAAGAGCAAAUUCACGGAAUCCUUACUGACUAUCUAGUUUCUAACUAUCGGUAUUGACAGCAUAAUAAAACUAGACUACAUAGUUAUAGUUAUCUAAGGUGAUGUCCUUUAUAGCGGUUUGAAAACAUUAGGAACAAAGUAUCAACUUUAUCGACGCAUUCUCUUCAGUAAGAGAUCAGCGUACAGUAGUAUAGAAACUUGUAUCGCAAUUAUUCAAGAUUAUAACAAACAAAAUAGGAGAAUAAAUUGGAUUGUAGGAUUGUAAGCUGAUUUCUUUGUUUUUGUUCUAGCAUAAUGGUGGCUGCGCUACACGGAAGACACUCGUUUAAUUCCGACAGAAACAAUAGUGGGCUAUUAAUGCCAACUUGUUAGGAUUUAGAUCUAUAUGCUGAUUCAUGGGACGUUUUAUAUGCUGAUUCAGACAGUCUCAUGUUAAUAGGAAAAAAUGAUGCUAUAAAAUGCUCAAUACGUUUUAGUAUUAAUGUUUAUUAUCAGUGUCUAUUCGUAUUGUCCAUAUGGUCGCCUUGAGAAAAAUAGUGAAUAUAGCUAGUUUUUUUUUUCGUUCCUUUUCCCUGGCUCUACAUAAUACUUCACUGAAGGUUCAUUCUGUGUGAUUGGUAUUUGAUUUGUAGACUGAAUACCUGUAGCACAAAUAUUUAUGUAUAAUACAGCAUUAGUAAUGCUUUAGCCUGGCAACUGGGCUAUUUAUAACUUCAUGUAGUGCGCUAUUUUUUCAAGCUGAUCUACAUAUGACAAGCUUAGCCAAUGAAGAGUAAAGGUACAGUUUAACGUCUACAUUAAGUGCUGUACAAUACAAGUGUAAUGCUCAUUCUUUGCUCAUACAUGUGUGAUGUCCUUUGUUUAGUCUUGACAGUAUGUUAGCUCGCUGCACUUUCAAGAUUCUAGCCGCGUGGCGUUGGGUUAUGUUCUGGGUGUCUACUGCAUGUGUUCGAGACGACCCUUCGAUGUAUCGAUCUAUCUCACUCCUCCGAAAUCCCUCUCACAACGCCUUAGUGAUCGUGUUGCUUCCCCACCCCCUCUUCUCCCCCAAAUCUCGUUCUUCUCCCCUUAUGUUCAAUCUAGUAACCUUAACUCUCACAUUGAUUCGACAUUCACUUCAGCACAUUUUCUUAUUCGGUGUGGAGAGUUGUCUCUCCUCGCCCCUCCAAGUGUCCAUGUUCCAUUAGUAAUUGUGUAUUGUUAUUUGAAUUAUAAACAUACUUUUCGAUUGCUAUUUGUUUUAUCCAUGAGAAGUAAUUAGUGACAUAAUGAUGUAUAUUAAUAUGUAUGCCAGAAGACCCCGCCAGUUACUUGAAUGAAUGGUUAAUGUGUGUGCUUAUAUGUGAUAAUCUGUUUCUAAUAAAACACAUAUAUCUAUUGUGUUUUUUCCUCGUGGUAUUUUCUUCUCUGAAUGUCUGUCCCUCGUGCAUGUAUGUUUGUAUGUGUUUGUAUGUGUUGGCUAUUUCGUUUUCUAUUCACUAUUCCUUUAGGUUUGUAUAUACUGAAGUGCAACUGUAAUAAAAGAUACAACUUCAAUGAA